CAGGAGCUGCAAGAGCCAUGAAUAGGACACUAACAGAUCCUAUGGUCAGUAGCUUCAGAGAAGAUGACCCACGUCCACCGGUCCCAGGGGAAGAGGGUGAGACAACAUGCCACCAUCCCAGCAAGCUGGCCAUGAUGAGACCGAAGGAUCCUGUGAAAACCAUUAUGGCUGAUCUUCGCUGUUCCACAGCCAGAAGGGAUGACGAUGGACUUGGGGAACCUGAGGGCAGUGCGUCCCCGGACUCCCCUCUUGCCCGGUGGACCAAAUCUUUGCAUUUCCUUCUUGGGGACCAGGACGGUGCGCAACUUUUUCGGGCAUAUCUUGAACGUGAGAAAUGCGAGGACACUUUAGAUUUCUGGUUCGCCUGCAAUGGUUUCAGGCAAAUGGACCUCAAGGAUACCAAAACACACAGAGUUGCCAAAGCCAUUUACAAGCGGUAUAUCGAGAACAACAGCGUUGUGGCCAAGCAGCUUAAACCUGCUACUAAGACUUUCAUUAGGGAUAAUAUUAAGCGUCAGCAGAUUGACUCUGCAAUGUUUGAUCAGGCUCAAAUGGAGAUCCAGACGGCUAUGGAGGAGAACGCCUAUCAGAUGUUCUUGACCUCAGACAUAUACCUGGAGUAUGUCAGAACUGGGUGUGAGAACCCAAGUCAUGUGAAUCCCAAUGGACUAGGAAGUCUAAAGCUGGUGUGCGGAUACUUGCCGACUCUAAAUGAAGAGGAAGAAUGGAGUUGUAAUGACUUUAAAGCCAAAGCUUUGGCCACUGUAGUCGGACUGUCUGCCAAAGCGUUACGGUCACCUCCAUCCCUUCGCACAGUGGAAGCAUUGGAGAAAGGCUACAGGUCCUAUAGACGCAGCGAGCCUGGAAACCCCUAUCGUGUUGCGUCCGGUUAUAGUUUUGUCCCUGCCACCAGUGCCAAUGACAGCGAGGUCUCCAGCGAUGCCCUGACAGAUGACUCGAUGUCCAUGACGGACAGUAGUGUAGAUGCCAUCCCUCCUUACAAGCUGGGGAGUAAAAAACAGUUACAACGAGAGAUGCAGCGCAACAUGAGGAUGAACGGCCAAGUGUCACUACCUCCGUUCCCUAGGACACGGCGGCCACCUAAGGAGAUGACUCCCGUGGAGCCAGCGGCCUUUGCGGCACAGCUGAUAGCCAGACUGGAGAGUCUGAAGCGGGAACAGGAAACCAUGAGCUCCCUGGAGGAGAGACUUCAACAGAUUCAGGAGGAGGAGGAGAGGGACGAAUCCGAGGUGUCUGGAAGCAGUGCAUCCCACUCUCUGCCUUUGCUCCCUCCUGGCUCUUGUGAGGAGGACCCCCAGGCCAUCCUGGAUGAGCACCUUUCCCGAGUUCUCAAGACCCCUGGCUGUCAGUCUCCAAGAAUGCUGCGGCAUUCCCCGCGCUCCCGCUCUCCUGAACAGCGCCCCCUGCAUCGGGGUGGUCCCGGCACCAGGUCGCAGUCUGGCUCUGUGAACGGAUACAUGCCGACAAAGACCUUCAUCUCCAGACAGUCGACCAAGCACAUCCAUCACCACUACAUCCAUCACCAUGCUGGGACCAAAAGCAAGGAGCAGAUCGAGGCGGAGGCGACCCAGCGGGUGCAGUGCCUGUGCCAUGGAGCUUCAGAAUGCUGCUCCGCCCCCUACAGCCGCAGCCGGAGUCUGGGCCGAGACCAGUGUGGUAGUCCUGCAGAAGUGGCCUCUGGGCAUCCCAGCUCUUUAUCUAAGCGUCUGUGUAAAUCUGGAGAGGACGUCAACACGGAAGGGUUGGAGAGCAGUCUCCUCCAGCUGCCAGCUGACAGUACAGACCGCUCUCAAAACGUAUGGCAGUGGAUCCUGGAGAGCGACCGACAGACCAAGCACAAGCCCCACAGCACUCAAAAUGUAAAGAAGUCGCACUGUUUGGAUCCCACACGCACACACACCUGGGGAGGUGGCGGAAGCAGUGGGCAUCUCCGUGCCCACCAGCCUGCACACCCCUUCGUUCAGGACCCCGCCAUGCCUCCUCUACCACCACCCAACACCCUAGCGCAGCUGGAAGAGGCCUGCAGACGCCUUGAAGAAGUUUCCAAACCCUCUAAACAGAGGCAUUCAACAUCAAGCCUUCAGAGAGACAAAAGUCACCCAGUGCCUGUGCAGAAUGGCAGUUCAGCGCUUCAAACUGAUGAACCAAAAGAUCUCAAGAAAGUGUCAGGUUGCCACAGUAGUUUGGGCUCCGAGACAGUGGUCACAUACUUCUUUUGUGGUGAGGAAAUCCCAUACCGCCGGAUGAUGAAAACACACAGCCUCACACUUGGACACUUCAAGGAGCAACUGAGGAAAAAAGGCAACUACAGGUACUACUUCAAAAAGGCCAGUGAUGAGUUUGAGUGUGGUGCUGUGUUUGAGGAGGUCUGGGAUGACUGCACAGUUCUGCCCAUGUAUGAGGGCAAAAUCCUUGGCAAAGUGGAGAGAAUGGACUAAACGAGCAUGAAACCCCACAUGUGGACUUAACCGGCACAAACUCAACGAGUGGAAAACGGACGUUUUAUGAAGCUAAAAAAGUUUAGACGUUUGGCUUGCCAAGCUAUUGAAGGAAUACUAGCCAAUGAAGUACAGAGGGAUCUGAACCAGCAAUGCAUCAUGAGAAAUUCCUCCU